AAGCCAGGUCCCUAGACUAUACUAUUAUAGGUUACAUUUCAUCUUAAAUUAAACUUCAGGAAAAUUUUGUUCUUGCAGUUUCACUUAAGCUUUCUUUUUUUUUUUUUGGUUUGGUUCAAAAAGAAAGCUCUAUGCCAGUGUGCUUCUCUCUGUUUUGAGUACCAGGAGGUGGAACCAGAUUUAUUCCCAGUGUUGUAAACUGGUUAGUGAGGUGUGAGAACAUUUGUGUGCAGCCUCUGUAUACAGCUGAGCCGACUGCAGAAUGGCAGCCCUGAUUUGUAUUCUUCUUGCUUCCUUUAGAUUGUCUCGUCUGGGUUACGGUUAAAUAGCUUAUUAGUCACUAAUCUAAAAGCUACCACAUAGCCUUUUGAAAAAAGGUAGAGUGAAAACCAUAAUUAUAUGUACAUGAUUAUCAAUAAAAUGUGUAUAUGAAAUAUUUUCUUUUUCAGAAUUAAGGCAGAAUCUCUGUAAUUAUUUCUAACAUCAAUUUCAAACUAUUGGCCAUUGGACAACAGUGCAAUUAUAUGAAAUCAUGGCUGGUUAUAAGCCUGUAGUUAUUCAGACAUAUCCUGUACUUGGCGAAAAAAUCACUCAAGAUACUCUGUACUGGAACAACUAUAAGACCCCUGUUCAGAUUAAGGAGUUUGGUGCAGUGUCAAAAGUAGACUUUUCUCCACAGCCUCCAUAUAAUUAUGCUGUCACAGCUUCUUCAAGGAUUCAUAUUUAUGGCCGAUAUUCCCAAGAACCUAUAAAAACCUUUUCCCGAUUUAAGGACACAGCAUACUGUGCUACUUUUCGACAGGAUGGUAAACUGCUUGUGGCUGGCAGUGAAGACGGUGGAGUUCAACUUUUUGAUAUAAGUGGGAGGGCUCCCCUCAGGCAGUUUGAAGGCCAUACAAAAGCAGUUCACACAGUAGAUUUUACAGCUGACAAAUACCAUGUGGUAUCUGGGGCUGAUGAUUAUACUGUUAAGCUAUGGGAUAUUCCAAACUCCAGAGAAAUUCUGACAUUUAAAGAACAUUCUGAUUAUGUGAGGUGUGGAUGUGCUAGCAAACUGAACCCAGAUCUCUUUGUAACAGGGUCAUAUGAUCAUACUGUAAAGAUGUUUGAUACACGAACCAAUGAGAGUGUUAUCUCUGUGGAGCACGGGCAGCCAGUCGAGAGUGUCCUGCUUUUUCCCUCUGGAGGUCUUCUAGUGUCAGCAGGAGGUCGUUAUGUUAAAGUCUGGGACAUAUUAAAAGGAGGACAGUUGUUAGUGUCUCUGAAAAAUCAUCACAAAACUGUGACGUGUUUAUGUUUGAGCAGCUCCGGACAGAGGUUACUCUCUGGCUCACUGGAUAGAAAGGUGAAAGUAUACAGCACAGCUUCCUACAAAGUAGUCCACAGUUUUGAUUAUGCAGCUUCAAUUUUGAGUCUUGCACUUGCACAUGAAGAUGAGACGAUAGUUGUAGGAAUGACCAAUGGAAUACUGAGCGUUAAACAUCGGAAAUCUGAAGCAAAGAAGGAUGCUUCUUCCAGGAGACGAAGGCCUGCAUAUCGAACCUUUAUUAAAGGAAAAAAUUACAUGAAGCAACGGGAUGACAUUUCAGUCAGUAGGCCAUCAAAAAAACACCUGGAAUUGUAUGACAGGGAUCUAAAAAAUUUUCGGAUCUCUAAGGCACUUGACAGAGUCUUUGAGCCCGAAAUUACAAUAAAGACACCUGAGAUUACAGUUUCCAUCAUAAAGGAGCUAAAUCGAAGAGGAGUCCUUGCAAAUGCUCUUGCAGGCCGGGAUGAAAAGGAACUCAGUCGUAUUCUUAAUUUUUUGAUAAGGAAUCUGUCUCAGCCGAGAUUUGCUCCUGUUUUGAUAAAUGUUGCUGAAAUGAUUAUUGAUAUAUAUCUGCCUGUGAUUGGUCAGUCACCUGUAGUGGAUAAAAAGUUUUUGUUACUUCAGGGACUUGUAGAAAAAGAGAUUGAUUACCAAAGAGAACUGCUAGAAACCUUGGGGAUGAUGGAAAUGCUUUUUGCUACCACAACAACAAAAGAAAGCACUUUUACAUUGGAACAUAAAUCUGAUAGAUUUCUAGAAAACAAGAAGAUAGAAUCAUAGUGCCUGCUGAAUACCAUAAGAACUGACGUGAAAUAGAUUUAACUCUAUUAACUAUUGGAAAGAGAAUCUCUUUGAUACAUUAAAAGAACUAUUUACAGA